UAUUGGUAUCUAUGAAGUUUGUUUUCACAAACAAUAAAAUAUAAAUGAUGUAGCAAACAUGGGAGUGUUAAAAAUUAUGAGGGAUACAGGCUGCUUAAAAUAAUGGCUAUUCUUGUCAUAAAGUAAGACAAUUUGGAAUAUUUCAUUAAUAAGUUUAGGUGUGCCAUUGAUGAAGCCGGUAAAUGUGAUGGUAAUAUACUUAAAAUAGUGUAGCAUACGCCCAGUUUUCUAAUCGUAUAAGGAACAGAUCUUCAAGCUGAAGCGGUAUAGCCGAUGGGUUACAAAUGGUUGCGAAUGACCGUUUGUGCGUUUCAAACGCCGCGACGAAUUCUUUUCGUUAUUCAGUUUCGUUCGUGAAACAGUACGUAACAGAUGUGUGUGUAUUGUCAAAAGUACUCUUCUGCUUUGUAAACCAUCUGGACUCUAUUUUAUGGCUAUCGUAAUGAGCUAGAAGUGAAAAUGGAGGAUUUGGUGGUGGCAAUGGCAGCCGCAAUGUUUCCCCACUCACCUGUUACGUCUGAGAGUGGUGAAGAUGCUUCUAAUGGCCAUGCAGAACGUCCAAUACGGAAAAUUUUUGUUGGCAACAUUAGUCCAGGUACGACUCGGGCUGAGUUAAAGGAAUGUUUUGACACAUAUGGUGUUGUCCUGGAUGCAGUUGUUAUAGUGGAUAAGAAUGCCUGCAAAAGAAAAUAUUAUGGAUUUGUUACAUUUCUGGUCCCAGCACAGGCUUGUUCAGCCAUGAUGAAGAGUAAAACCUUGCAUGGUAUCACACUGAAUGGCAAGAGACUGUAUGUGGCACCUGCUGACAGCUGGCACCAACCAUAUCAAGCAGCGGAUGGUACAUUAGUCCUUGAUCCAUGGCGGGGAUCACAAAGUGCUAGUGCUGGUGGUAGCAAGAAAGUAGCUCCCAUACUGCAGCAAGAUACAGAUGUAGAAGAGUCUCUGUGUAUGGUCAAUAUCCUCAACGAUGACUGUCUUAUGCAUGUUUUUUCCUAUCUGUCAUGCUAUGAAAGGAUUGCAAUUGAACGAGUGUGCAAAAGAUGGCAGUCCAUCAGCCAAAUGAUGUGGAAAUCAACUCGUGAACUCUGUGCAAAGAAAUUGCGGAAUAUACAUAAGAGUUUGCCAGCCAUUAUACAGCGCUGUGGUAGCAGUCUAAAGAAACUAGACCUGUCACAUGAUACACAGACAAUAAGCAGAGAGACAGUUGUUUGUGUUGGGCGUUAUUGUAGGGAGCUGGAAGAACUGCGCAUAACACAUUCUCGGCUUAAUGGUUCUACAUUGCGGCCUCUCAAUGGACCACAACUGCGUGUCCUGGAUUUAACAGGCUGCUGUGGAAUAUCAGAUCGGGAUUUAUCUCACUUAUUAGUGAAGUGCCCUGUGUUGGAGAGACUGUCAGUUGCAGGAUGGUUCCGUCUCAGUGGCUGGGGUCUGGGACGUGUCAGCAACUCACUCCGCCACCUCACAUUAGAUGGGUGCACAGGGCUUGAUGGCAAACAGGUUGCACGUGCGGUUAAAACUAUAACAAAGCUGGAUUUGAGUGCAAAUUGCAGCUUGGGUGAUAUAGAUGUUAAACACAUACUGGAUAGUGCCAAAAAUUUGGAAGAGCUUACAAUGGCACAAUUAUUUCCUCUUCUUAAUGGGAGGGCAUUCUCUGCCAUUGCUGCCAAGGGCGAGCAGCUCACACUUCUAGAUCUAAAAUUUAAUGCAUCUUUAACUGAUGAGCUGUUAAUUUCUAUUGUAAAUAGUUGUAUCAAUAUGAAAGAAUUGAAUGUAGAAGGUUGCUGCGCAUUGAACAACAUUGCUUUGAUUAUGGAAUGCCUUUCGGCACUGAAGAAUCUGGAGAUCUUGAUCAUGAGCUAUCUGCCAGGGAAAUCGGAUUCAUGUAUGCUGCAGUUUAGAGAGGAAGGUUUUCCAGCACUCAAGAAGUUGGAGAUGCGUGGCAGCCCUUACCUUGGAGACAUUGGCACCGCUUGUAUACUGUCUCUUUGUUGCAAACUUGAGUGUCUUGAUAUAAGUGGCUGUCAGUGUGUCACCACUAAAGGCCUUAGUUGUGCACUGGCACAACGUAAAAGUUCAGUUCCGCUUCAGAUUAUUGUAGGAGGAACUUCUGUAUCAGAAGGCUCACUCCAGCCUCCAGGCUCCGUGGCCUUGAGUUUCCACAACAACUGCACAGACCACCUUAGGCCUGAUUUUGUAGACGAUUAUCUUCUCCCUAUGUUUGAAGACUACAGUGAUGAUGAUUUCAUCGACUCUGACAACGAGUAUGACUUCGGUAGUGGUAUUGAUGAAUAUGAUAGUGACAUGUCUGAUUCAUAUGAUGCAUUUGAAGAUAAUAAUUUAUAUCCAGAACUGUUUGGUGAUACAUUUCUUCUCUAUCAUUAUUUAUACUGAAACACUGAGGGCAAAGUGUUUUGAAAGGUGCUUCUUGCCAUUCAGAUAAGAAAAGUUUUCUGUUGUAUAAUGUAAAUUAAAAAAAAAAAAUUUUUUUUGAGGUUGCCAGCAGUUGCCCAUUGCUUAGUAUUUCAUAUGGUCACAUUUUUAUAUUUGAAAAUUGACAUGGCAGUUAUAAAACUAUCUUCCAUUCUGAUGAAAGUGUUUUGUUGUGGUCUGUGUUUUGUUUUUGGUAGCUUUCUUUUGAAACUAAAUAAAUUUUGUGCAGAUAUUUAGAUCAAAGUUUACAGUGAUAUUUUGUAACCACUGACAUUUUUAAAGUUCAAAAUUGGGUCCCAUUCAAAAACACUUCCUGUUCAAAUAUUUAAAUGCAUGAUUCAUGUGCUGGUCACAAGCAAGUAUUGGUGUUAUGUACUUCCUGUAAUCUCCAUUGGAGUCAAAUCAGCAAAUUUAAUAUUGUAUGCAGUGAAAGGAAAAUUUGUUUCUAAUGAGUGUAGCAGAAAGUAUACUGAAAUAUAAAUUUUCACUUCGUGGCGACAAAGUAAUAAAGGAUGAAACUUUCCUGAUCAGAAGAAUGUGGAAUUAUGUGCACUCAUCAUGGUACACAACUUUUUGAGUUUUCCCAUGUAGGGAAGGGUCUGCAACGGUUUGCUCAUUUGCAUUGUAUAUGUGGUUGAUGAUAUCUAUGAUUAUAAACUCAAAAUACUCCAGUCCAGAAACUAAUAGUUUGUUCAGUAUGAAAUUGGUGAAUUGUCCAUUCCUGAAUGAUAGGUCUUAUCAUUUGGAGGGAGUGAAAGGUUUCUCACAAUUCUAACGUAGGCGGUGUUAUCAUUUAACAUACAAUUUUGGUAAAUAAGAGAAGUAAAAUGUUACAAUAAUGGAACUAAUACAGCUACAGAUAGAAAAAACUGGCUCCCACAGGACGGCACACAAUGUACAGUGUCUGGCAACAGGGGAAAAGGUAACAGGAAAGUGUCUCAUGGCCCCAGCUUGAGAGAUAACAGGGUACAAUGAAAGAUGAAAAAAGAGAGAAAACUUAACAGUAAAAACAUAUGAAGUUGUCAAAGAUCCAAUGUGAAAAUGAAAUUUGUAAUAAACAUUGUGAUAGAAGCUUCA